AUGGCAGCAGAUCUGCGGAAACUGUGCCCAGAAUAUUUUCCUGGGUUGGGUAAUUUCAAAAAUUUAGCUAUGUCUUUUUCCAUUUGGGCAAAUCCUCAAAAAAAGCUUCAAAAUGCAGGUGAAAAAUGUAAGAAACGUUUACAUUUAACAAAAUCCGUUAUCGAUGGCAUUUAUUUCGGAAAUUUGACAUAUAGUUCUAAAGCUUUGCGAUAUAUAUACUGCGUAAGUCAAGAAUUGGGUGUACAAGACGAAAAUGGAAAAUUUGUAAUAGAUACUCUCAGAAAUGUUAUGAAUAUCUAUCCGAUUUUUGGUAAGGACGUUGAUCAUAUGAUUGAUGAAUGCCUUUAUAAUAGGCUCGAUGGCUAUGUUAACAUGUUCAUGGGGUUUGUGUGGGCCGCUUCCUUGGAUAUUGAGUCACUGAAACAUCGUCAGGAGCUGCUAUGUCACUCAUUCGUUGCUAUGGAUUUGCUUGCUUGGUUACACAGAGUUGAUUCUGUGUGUAUUUUUAAUAAAAUAGAUAAACAUUUAAAAUGUUUCAGGAACAGCAAAGAACUUAAUUUUCCCUUUGGGAAUUUAAUUUUAAGCUACUUUUUGUUUUUUCAACAAAACCCUUGGUAA